UUAAAGAGGAACAGGAGGAACCGUGGACCAAUCAGGAGGGAGAGCAGCUUCAACAAGUUGAGCAGGCUGAUAUCAAGUUCACAUGGACUGCUGUCACUAUGAAGAGUGAAGAAGAUGAAGAGAAACCUGAGUUGUCUCAGCUUCAUCAGAGUCAGACUGAGGAGAACAGAGCGGACUGUGGAGAACAAGAACCAGCCAGGAACUCAGGUCCUGAUGGACAUUUACAACAAGUGUGUCCUGCUGACGUACAGCAACUGAUGGUGAAUAAAGAAGAGAUUCCCCCUGAGCAGCAGCAGUGGAGCCCCCUUGUGGACCAGGGGGACCAAAAGCCCCCCCACAUUAAAGCGGAACAGGAGGAACCUUGGACCAAUCAGGAGGGAGAACAACUUCAACAAUUUGAGGAGGCUGAUAUCAAGUUCACAUGGACUGCUGUCACUAUGAAGAGUGAAGAAGAUGAAGAGGAACCUGAGUUGUCACAGCUUCAUCAGAGUCAGACUGAAGGGAACAGAGCCGACUGUGGAGAACAAGAACCAGCCAGGAACUCAGUUCCUGAUGGACAUUUACAACAAGGUACUGAGGCCAAGAAUGAAGACAGUGAAGAUGAUUGGAUGCAGACCAGGGAACCUCAGUCUGGUUUAAAUACAAAAAAUAGCAAACAGUCUCUAAAUGAUAUGAAAUGUAAAACUGGUAAGAAAGAAUUUGGUUGUUCUGAGUGUGGUAAAAGAUUCAAACGAAAGUGGGAUCUAACUGAACAUAUGUGGGACCAUACAGGAGAGAGACCAUUUAGUUGCUCUGAGUGUGAUCAAAGAUUCAAACGAAAGAGCCAUCUAACUCUACAUAUGAGGAUUCAUACAGGUGAGAAACCGUUUAGUUGCGCCGAGUGUGGUAAAAGACUCAGACGAAAUUGCAAUCUAACUGAACAUAUGAGGAUUCAUUCAGGAGCAAAACCGUUUAGUUGCUCUGAGUGUGGUAAAAGAUUCAAACGAAAAGGCGAGCUAACUGUACAUAUGAGGACUCAUACUGGAGAGAAACCGUUUUGUUGCUCCGAGUGUGGUAAAAGAUUCAAACGAAAGUGGGAUCUAACUGAACAUACGUGGUACCAUACAGGAGAGAGACCAUUUAGUUGCUCUGAGUGUGAUCAAAGAUUCAAACAAAAGGGCGAGCUAACUGUACAUAUGAGGAUUCAUACAGGACAUAAACUGUUUAGUUGCUCCGAGUGUGGUAAAAGAUAUCUUCAAAAGGGCCUACUAACUGUACAUAUGAGGACUCAUACAGGAGAGACACCGUUUAGUUGCUCUGAGUGUGGUAGAAGAUUCAAACGAAAGGGGGAUCUAACUGAACAUAUGUGGGACCAUACAGGAGAGAGACCAUUUAGUUGCUCUGAGUGUGAUCAAAGAUUCAAUCGAAAGGGCCAUCUAACUCUACAUAUGAGGAUUCAUACAGGUGAGAAACCGUUUAGUUGCGCCGAGUGUGGUAAAAGACUCAGACGAAAUUGCGAUCUAACUGAACAUAUGAGGACUCAUUCAGGAGCAAAACCGUUUAGUUGCUCUGAGUGUGAUCAAAGAUUCAAACGAAAGGGCGAGCUAACUGUACAUAUGAGGACUCAUACAGGAGAGAAACCGUUUAGUUGCGCCGAGUGUGGUAAAGGAUUUCUACAAAAGGGCCUACUAACUGUACAUAUGAGGACUCAUACAGGUAGAAAGCAUUUAGUUGCGCCUAGUGUGGUAAAAGAUUUAGACUAAUGGGUAAUCUAACUGCAUAUGAUUUAGCCUGGGUGCCAGACGACCUUAGCCCCGCCCACAACAUUUGAGUUUCGGAAGUUCGGUCUGGCAUUGCUCCGUUGGGGAGAAACUAUGAUCGAACAGAAGCUGUUCUGACCAAUCAAAUUGUCAGGGCGGGCUUUAUACGAUGAUGGACAGAUGAUCUACAGUGGCGUAAUCAAUCACGUCACCAAACAGCGCUGCCUGCCGCUGGAGAGCUGAGAUGUGUCGAUGCUGCCAUUGAGUCUGUUUCAGCAGACAUCGACAGCGCAUUCAUUUUGAAACAGGAACAGAGGAACGCGAUCAAGGCAUUUGUAGAACGAAAAGAUGUUUUUGCCGUCCUUCUACGGGAUUCGGAAAAAGUUUUAUUUAUCAGCUGGCCCCGAUGCUGCGGCCACACAAGCAGUCAUAUAAAUAAAAAGAGUGGGGGGUGCUACGGUCCUCAGCACAUAUGAGACAAAAAAGACACAUGUUGGGACGCUGUUGCAGUUAAUGUUGGAGCAACAAGUAAGUGUAUGCUUGAAAAAGACGAUUAACUGCCGUUUUGACUCCUCGCUGGCCUCCUGCAGAGCCAUGACAGCGGAGCUCCGGAAGCAGCUUGCCGGGGCUCUCACGAGCAGCCCUGGUCUCCAGCUGCUUCCUGGGGGCUUUGCCUCCGCUGGAUAUACGAGCGGCAUUUGCAGCAUUUCCAUUGAUUUAUUUAGAGAGUGAAUAAACUCGUGAAACAGACAACUGACAACAACUAUGUGUCGCUUGACAUACGUCACAUACUACGUUGCUCUGAUUGGUUGGAGGUCUAUCCAAUUGAGCGAAGAGAAAUUCAUUUUCCUGGUUCGGUUGAAACACGCCCCAUAAUCACAGCCCAAUGGAGCAGUAUCAGGCUUAUAUUCUGACUAGAAUUAUGAGAAUGAUAACGUCAGAAUAAAUAUGAGUAGUAAUAUAGGGGAGAAUGAAUUGACUUGCUCUGUGUGGUUUUAGAUUUUAGUUGCAUCGUUUGCAACAAUUGCAAUUAUUAGGAUUUUUCAGCAGCCAUUUAUAUUAUCCAUAUUCAUAGUUCACUUUUCUAAAUAGAGAAUUUCGAAUUCCCCCUUUCACCUGUUUUUAUCAGAGUUAAACGAUAUCUUUGUCCUUAGAAAAAAUAACUCAUUGAAUAACCUGAAAGAUUUGUGUUGAUAUUUCUUGUUUCUACUGAUUUGAUUUAUGCCAUAUAUAUUACAUACCCAUAUGUAUUGAAUGUAUUUUUCAUAAUUUCCCCCUUGUCUGAUAAAAAACUUGCCCGAAAUUAAACAGACAUUAGAGGAUUCAUACAGGAGAGAAAUGAAUCGUUUGCAACAAAAUAUUUGUAUUGAUCUAUCAGCAGCUAUCGCUAUUAUCCAUAUUCAUAGUUCCACAUUGUAAAAAGAGAAUUAAGAAUCCCUCCACCUGUUUUUAUCAGUUAAACAAUUUUAUGUUCCUUCAAAACACAACUCAUUGACUAACAUGAAAGAUUUGUGUUGAUAUUUUUUGUUUCUACUGAUUUAUGCCUCAUAAUACACAAUACACACCUAUACAGUGAAGGAAAUAAGUAUUUGAUCUCUUACCGAUUUUGUAAGUUUGACCACUGACUAAUAAUUGAACAGUUGAUGAUUGUAAUGGUAGGUUUAUUGUAACAUUGACAGACAGAAUAUCAACAAAGAAUAUCAAGAUCAUAUAACUCACAUUAUAUAAAAGUUUGAAUUGAUUUGCA